AUGCAUGUUAAAGUUCCAAUAGAACUCGCACCUAGAUACCGUGGUAGAAAAGAUUAUCCCACACAAAAUGUAUUGGUUGCAUGCUCAUUUGAUUCGAAAUUCACAUAUGUCUUGGUUGGAUGGGAAGGAAUGACAUCUGACUCAAGAAUAGUUAAGAGUUCAUUGACACAUGCAUACCCUCUGAAAGUUCCACAAGGAAAAUAUUAUCUUGGUGAUGCAGGAUUUCCUUUAAAAGCAUAUCUCAUCACACCAGCGUUGAAGAAAAGAUUUCCAAUUUUACAAAGUGCAAUAAAGCCUACAUUUGGUAUUAAAACUCAAAAUAAAAUCACUAUUGCUUGUUGCAUUUUACACAAUUAUUUGAUGGGUGAAGACCCCAAUCAAACUCUAAUAGAUGAUGUGCAAGACGAGUUUGAAAACGAAAGAGGUUUUCAAGAGGGUCAUCAACAUCAAAGAGAAGAAAAUGAUGAUAUGAUUAGUGGAGAACCAAUUAAAGAUAAUGUUGCUGGUUCUAUGUGGCUAGAUUAUUAA